AUGUCGCUACUACGACCCUCAAUUGCAGGGCGACUGCUUAGAACAGGCGUACCCUCCAUUCGAAAUGCCACCCCGGGCGCCGUACGAUUCGAGAGCACAGCAUUGGGAACGCCCCUCACCCAGACAGAAGGGACCACCACCGAGGUACAGGUCACUAGACGCAACCAGCCAGAAUACACGGCCGCAGUUGAUCAAGCUUCGUCAACAUUCUCCCCGGUUCCAAAGCGAGUCAUGAAUGGCAGUGAGCCUGGAGAUGUCCUCCCAGCUGCCGUUCUUUCUGGAGCACCAAUCGAACUACAAGCCAGAACUGUCCGCAUAUACCGUCCGACCAAGACCGCAACACAGUCAGGAGAUUGGCAUGGGCAUCACUGGCGCAUGGACUGGGAUAUCCUCCCAAAGGGGCACCGUUGGGAGAACCCAUUGAUGGGCUGGCAAUCAUCGGCAGAUUUCAUGCAAGGUACACACAUGAGCUUCAAAUCCAGGGAGGACGCGAUCAGGUUCGCGGAGAAGCAGGGAUACGAGUACUUUGUGCAGGAGCCGAACACGCGGAAGACUACCCCUAAGGCCUAUGCGAACAAUUUCCUAUGGAGUGAUAAGAAGUUGAAGCAUAUCCGGACGAAGUAG